AUGGAUGAAGAGCCAACAAAUAAUGAUGAUGUUGAUGCUCAAGCAACAGGAGCAGCAGCAACAACAGCAGUUGACUAUGUAUUACCAGAGGACUCGGAACUUGAUCAAUGCCCUCAACAAAAGACAUUUGUAAAAGAGGCUGAAGAACUCAAACAGUUGAUCGACAUGAUUGCCCUCUCAAUCAAUGGUCCAUUGGACCAACUAGACACGGCAACAUCACGAAUCAUCGCUGUUCUCGAACAAUAUCAAGAGCAAUCGAACCUACUUGACAUGCAUCUCGUCGGCAUGGUCACCCCGCUCAUACAAGUCAUUCGCACGUACAUCAUGGCGCGUCACGAACAACAAGAGGUGUCAGUAUCAUCGAGUACACGACCUCCCGCCAACCUAUCACACUGCUAUCGUCUCCUGUACUUCUUGACAAAGGUACGAGGCUACAAGACCAUCGUGAAGCUACUGCCCCACUCUGUGGUCGAGCUGCUUCCCACGGCGUCAUUGCUCGAGCAGCGCACCAUCCUCUUCCUCAACAGCCCACACGCGCAGGCACUGGACAUUCAGAUGCAGAAUGAACAACAGAAGGAGCAUCGCGAUACGGACAUGGUGUCGUGGGAGGAGCUGUAUGUGCUCUCUCUCUGGCUCUCACUGCUCAUCAUCAUUCCGUUCAAGUUCACGUCGAUUGAUGGACGCACGACCAAUGACGUCGAGAGUCUGGCCUCGCGAGUCAUCGCCCUCGCCAAGAAAGCCCUGACACACCACUCCAAGAUACAGGAGUCCUUCUCUGAGCUACUCUCUCGCCUUCUGGCCCGCCCCGACAUGACCAGCAACCUGCAGGCCUUCAUUGAUUGGUGCUCUCGGUCAAUGUCAGACAUUCGACAGCGUCGCUCGGCUCACAUCACCGACCACGUGGACAUCCAUCUCUAUAAGGGUGUGCUGCUCACACUGACCAGCAUCUACAAGAAGGGCGACAGGGCUGCACUGCUACCACUCAAUCAAACUUUAUACCAAAUGGUCGUGCAAGGGCUGGACCCAACUCGCACGCCACUCGACAUUGAGCGCAUGUGCAAACAACUACUGGUCAAGCUACUCCAACGCAUGGGCCUCAUCCUUCUGCCUCCAAUAACGGCCACAUGGCGAUACCAACGAAUAAUCAAACCUUUGUUGGCCACUCAACAACAGAUCAACUUCUCAGAGAGCGAUCACAAUCAAUCACAAUCCAAACUCGAUGAUGAUGGUGCAGAGGACGAACAAGAUAUACCCGAGGAGAUUGAAGAGAUCAUUGAGUUGCUGAUAUCCGAGGGGCUUGGCGAUCGCGACACAAUCGUGAGAUGGACAAGCGCCAAAGGUGUUGGACGCGUGGUCAACCUGCUAUCAAAAGAUAUGGGCGGCCAGGUAAUCGAGUCUGUGCUGCAGCUGUUUGACAAUGUCGACUCGGACUCGGCGUGGCAUGGAGGAUGUCUGGCGAUGGCCGAGCUCUGUCGACGCGGCCUCAUUCUCCCCGAUCGCCUAGCCCAACUCAUUCCAAUCGUGGUCAAGGCGCUGUACUUUGAUGUGCAGCGAGGCAACAGUAGUGUGGGCUAUAACGUACGUGACGCAGCGUGCUACAUCUCAUGGGCGUUGGCACGCACCUAUCAUCCAUCGAUCAUGUCACCAUACUCGUACCUCCUGGCUCAGCAUCUGGUCGUCAUGUCACUGUUUGAUCGCGAGAUCAACUGUCGCAAGUCUGCAUCGGCGGCCUAUCAAGAGAAUGUUGGUCGACAGGGCGCGGCAAUCCCGCAUGGCAUCGACAUUGUUCAGAUGGCCGACUACUUUUCCGUUGGCAACAGACGCAAUGCCUAUCUUGUUCUGGCGCCAGAGAUUGCAACAUUUGUCGAGUAUCGUCCAGCAAUCAUAUCACAUCUUUUACAAACAAAGAUAUAUCAUUGGGAUGCUGACAUUCGCGAGUUGGCCACGAGAACACUUGCAUUGGUCGUACCAUUGGACACGCGGGCCAUUGUCGAUUCACUUCCCAAAGUGAUUGCGGCCACCAAGCUAGACCAGAUCCCCUCCAAGCACGGUGCACUACUAGCACUUCACGAGAUCCUUAUCGCACUAAAUUCAAUCAAUCAAUCAAUAUUGCUGUCUGAUGAUAUCACAAAUAGUAUACUUGCUGUGAUCAAGGACAAGAGAUUAGAAAGAUUGUAUAAGGGCAAGGGUGGUGUACUCAUCAGAACUGGAAUAUGCAAGUUGAUCAGAUCAGUUUGUUUGUGUCAAUUCUCAUUGUUCAGGGAGAUCAAGGAUGAAACAUCGACAUCAAACGCAUCCACAUCACUACGCGAUAAGAUACAAAUGAUGAAAGCUAAAGCCAGUAAGCUUCCAGCUUCCACACCCGGCUCACGCAACACAUCUACACCAUCAAUCACUCAAACAACCAACCCAACUACCACUGCCUCUGCCACUGCAUCGGGCCUUAACGCCUUUGAGACACUAUACUCAUAUCUACUUGAAUGCAUUCAACAUCCACACGAGGACGUACAACAACAAGCAUCAAUGGCACUGGAGGUAUUGUUCAAGAACUACAUGGUAUCAGAUACAGCUAAGAUUGAACAGUUGGCAACCUUGGUCACCAAAUACAUCAGUCUGCUACAUAGUGAUCCCAACUAUGCGACGAGGAGAGGUGCCUCAUUGCUAUUGGGUGUGCUUCCCUACCAACUUCUACAAACUCAUCCCAACCUGCUACACUCUGUCAUUGAUGCAUUGGUCAAAUCAUUGUUUGAAGAGCGACCACAGCUGAAGGACAUGGAGACGCGAGUCAACUCAUUGUCAUCGCUUCACAACAUCUCAAAGUCAUUAUACCAACACAAACUGAUUGAUGGACCUACAUUGGAGGCACUACUGUCAGCUCUAAUGCGCGCGACUCAGGACUACUCGAUUGACAAGAGAGGCGAUGUUGGAUCAUGGGUGAGGGAGUCGUCCAUCAAGAUCAUCGACACAUUGAUCACCCAGGAGGUCGAGACACUCCUACCACAAGGAUUUGUCGAGCGCUACAUGUGCAAGCUUAUACAGAUUGCCGGAGAAAAGCUUGACAAACUUAGAAUGACAUCUUGUACAAUCUUGUCAAGUCUGCUGUGGAGAGCACCACAGCUCGUCCCCGACUCUGCUCAACUCCAGUCGAUAUUCAAGCAGGACUUGGAGAUCACCUGGUCUCGAAGCAUUGAGGCAUUCCCAAUCAUUUGCAAAGUGUUGGCAAUCGAUCGGUACAUAUACCCUCUUCUCUUUGGACUAUUAUCAUCAAUUGGUGGAUCAACAAAGUAUUUGGUCGACGACUCUAUCGAUUCAAUCAAAUUGUAUCUCAAUGAACCUGAUGAUGUUAAGACCAAACAACAAAACAUUGUUCGAAUCGCAACAACAUUGGUCACUAUUCUGGAACAUAUCCGUGAGCGGCCACUGCUUGCAACAUUCAAAGCCAUGACCAUACUAUUCCAAACCAAUGAGUUUGACACUCUGGUGUCAAGCCAGCCCGACAUCAUCAACUCCAUAUUCUCCAAGCUCCACAAAGAAUAUCGAUCAAUCAAGGAUAUCGUACUCCUCAUGGCAUCAGUUCCAUUGUUUGCCUACUUUACAAAUGAUUGUUUCGACAACACCAAGAGAAUUGCCAAUGAGGUGUUGAUACACUUGAUGAAGCAUGAAUAUCCUCGCGUAAGGAUGUCCGCAGCCGAGGCCAUUUUGAUACGUUACAAGGAUGCUCAGACCAUUGUAACCUUGAUCAGUGGCACAAGAUGGGAACAGACGAUUGACAACAAUAUUAUAGAUCAACUAUGUCUUCAACUUGGAAUCACAUCCUCCCCAACAAUCAACAACACCAAUGUGCCAACCGCCACACUCAACGAUGAUCAUCAAAAGGAAGUACCAACAGGCAUCCCAGUGGUCACUUCUUAUGAUGCACUUCCAGAGGACUCGGAAGACCUGAUGGAGAUAUAA